GGCCCGGCCCCCAGCACUUCCUAGUCACCGGCCCUGUCCCCUUUCCCCAACCCGGGGUCCUGUGCAGUGCUGUGGGGCCAGAGACUGGCCCAGGCCUCUACCGCGUCCCUGGACUCGGGCUGGACGCGGAGAGCGGGGUGCUGUCUUCCCGGGUCCCCACCCUCAGUGGAGGACGCCUGUACCGCUCUCAGCUGGCCAGCACACCCUGGUCCUGUGCCUUCCUCACGGCCAGCUUCAUCUCAGUGGUCUGAGGGACCCCAGUUCCUGCCACACCCGCACUGCUGCCUCUGAGGUGCUGCCACUCCCCGCCCCAACCUCUGGGAAGAGGAGUGGGGGUCUGAGGACGGCAGACCUGACUUCUAGAAAACACGAAGGAAUCUUUCAGACACAGAGCCAGGCGGGCACCACGGCAGGGGCUGAGCCACCAUCAUGGAAGGGAGAGGACCAUACCGGAUCUACGACCCUGGGGGCGGCGUACCUCUGGGCGAGGUGUCCGCAGCUUUUGAGCGCCUAGUGGAGGAGAAUUCCAGACUGAAGGAAAAAAUGCAAGGGAUAAAGAUGUUAGGGGAGCUUUUGGAAGAGUCCCAGAUGGAAGCGUCCAGGCUGCGGCAGAAGGCAGAGGAGCUGGUCAAGGACAGUGAGCUGCUCCCACCGCCGUCUCCCUCUUUGGCCUCCUUCGACCACCUGGCUGAGCUCACAGGAAAGGAUGCAGAUGUUCCAGCAACCCCCGCUGACCCUGCACACCCCAGCGACAAGCCAGAGCCAGUCCCCAAACCUCCAGCAAGUAGCACCUCCUCUGAAUUUGAAGUGGUCCCUGCCGACGGGCAUUCUUCACCAGAGAGCGGUGGCCACACCAGAAAUACCAUGGAGCUGGGCCCCCUGCCCCACGAGGACGGCAACCUGAUGCUGCACCUGCAGCGCCUGGAGACCACCCUGAGCGUGUGCGCCGAGGAGCCUGACCACAGCCAGCUCUUCACGCACCUGGGCCGCAUGGCCCUCGAGUUCAACCGGCUGGCUUCCAAGGUGCACAAGAAUGAGCAGCGCACCUCCAUCCUGCAGACCCUGUGUGAGCAGCUUCGGAAGGAGAAUGAGGCCCUUAAGGCCAAGCUGGACAAGGGCCUGGAACAGCGGGAUCAGGCUGCUGAGAGGCUCCGGGAGGAAAACCUGGAGCUCAGGAAGUUGUUGAUGAGCAGCGGCAAAGAUGGUGCCUCCAGAUGGCCAGGCUCACCAAAGACGGAAGGCACGGGCAAGAAGGGGGCAGCCGCACAGCAGCAGGCUGGUGUGACAGCAGGUAAAGUCCCAGAGGUGGGAGCCUUGGGUGCUGCUGAGAAGAAGGUGAGGAUGCUGGAGCAGCAGCGCACGGAGCUGCUGGAAGUGAACAAGCAAUGGGACCAGCAUUUCCGGUCCAUGAAGCAGCAGUAUGAGCAGAAGAUCACUGAGCUGCGCCAGAAGCUGGCGGACCUGCAGAAGCAGGUGACUGACCUGGAGGCCGAGCGGGAGCAGAAGCAGCGCGACUUUGACCGCAAGCUCCUCCUGGCCAAGUCCAAGAUAGAAAUGGAGGAGACCGACAAGGAGCAGCUGACAGCAGAGGCCAAGGAGCUGCGCCAGAAGGUCAAAUACCUACAGGAUCAGCUGAGCCCGCUCACCCGGCAGCGGGAGUACCAGGAAAAGGAGAUUCAGCGGCUCAACAAGGCCCUGGAGGAAGCACUGAGUAUCCAGGCCUCCCCAUCAUCUCCAGCAGCAGCAUUCGGGAACCCGGAAGGAGCUGGAGGCCUGCUAAGGAAACAGGAGCUGGUCACGCAGAAUGAAUUGCUGAAACAGCAGGUGAAGAUUUUUGAGGAGGACUUCCAGAGGGAGCGCAGCGACCGGGAGCGCAUGAAUGAGGAGAAGGAAGAGCUGAAGAAGCAGGUGGAGAAACUGCAAGCCCAGGUCACCCUGUCACAUGCCCAGCUAAAAGCCUUCAAAGAUGAGGAAAGGGCGAAAGAUGCCCUGAGACAGCAGAAGAGGAAAGCAAAGACCUCGGCAGACCGCUACCACCUGGAGCCCCACCUGGAGCAUCUCUACGGGGCCUACCCCUACGCCUACCCGCCCGUGCCCCCCGUUGUGCCGCACCGUGGCUUUGAGGACUGGUCCCAGAUCCGCUACCCGCCUCCCCCCACGGCCAUGGAGCACCCACCCCAGCUUCCCAACUCGCGCCUCUUCCACCUGAGCUGCUGUCACCUGUCCCAUCCUCUGCAGUGCCUCUGCCACAGCCCCCUCAGAAUACACCUGGCGGCUGCCCUGUGGAGGGAUACACAAUCAGAGCUCCCAAGUGAUGGGCUCACCCACGGCCAGGCCUACGGAACCAGAGCCCACCAAAAAUGACCGUGAGGGACCUCAGUGAGACCAGUCCCUUGGCUCCACCUUCGUCUUGCAGAGCCAGCUGACUUCAGCUUACUGGAAAACUAGAGGCCACGGGCUCUCCGAGCCUCAGCCACUCGGGAGGCGGAGAUGGAUGGCCAGCUUGAGCCCUGGCCCCAACCUGAACUGUUUAGAGACUGGGGAGGCUCCAUCCAGAAGGCGUCCGUCUGGGCCUUUCCUUUGGCGUGACUGGGAAGAACUCACUACUCUGCCACUGGGUGGAGAGAGGUGUCAUCCGGCCUUGACCUACCAUCCUCUGCAGGAACUGCUGGCAGAUGUUCAUCUCAAGUGGGGUGCAGUCAAGGCCCCUUCCUUUCACAACUUCCCCAGAAGUGGUUCAGCAGCCCCUCUGGGGACCACAUUCAGUUCAUGUGUGUGUUUAGUUUUUGCUUCAAGCUCUGCGGUAGCAGGACCUGCCCCAUGCACAUCCCCUCCCGCUCUGAGGAGCUGCGGGAAGAACGGGUUUGCCUCUGGGAGCAGAAGAGACGGGAUGCUCUACUCCUGGGCCCUCCACUUCCGCCCACGGCAGCCUUGCCAGCACCACUGCAGCCUGGGAUGAAGCCCAUGCCAGCCACAUCGGCUGAGGGGCCCCAGCCUGAAGCUGCCAGGCCCUCAGCUGGAGGCCUGUGGUGCUGGAGGCCCGGUUUGGGGUGGCUGUUGAUCCCCGGGCAGCUGUUUGCACGACUCUUGGACAUAAAUCCAAGUUGAAGAUUAA